AUGGCCUGCAUUUUGCUUCUGGCCUUGAACAAGGACUUUGAUGUUUUCAAUGAGGCAUACAGCUUUCUGGAGCUCUUCUCAGGCAAGGGAUGGGUUAGUGCUCCUGUCCAUUCUCAAUUGCAAAUUCGAGAACUUUCUCGUGGUCAUCGGCUUGGUAUGCAGACAGCUCUCCUCAUCCUGGCCAUCACGGCCAUGGGAGGGACGUGGAUAUUGGAACAGCCCCGAAGCAGCCUUGUGAUAUGGCAUCCUAGGAUUAGACUGCUUUGGAGGCUACUUCCAAAGGUGUAUGAAGCUCGGUGGUGGGCCUGCAUGUAUGGCUCUGCCACGGCAAAAAGGCAUAUAGCCUGGUCAAAUUCCCCGACAGUGCAGCUUCUGGAUUUGGGUCAGAUGGUGAGGGCGCACUACAAACUACAGGGUGCGAAGUCCACCAAGAAGUACAGAAACAAACGUGGCAAGGUGGCCUUUUGCGGCUCAUCUUUCCUCAAACAAACACAGACGUAUCCACCUGGCUUCGCGAAGAAGAUCACCAAGCUUCACUCCAGGUUCUGUGCGAAGCGGACUUUGGAGUUUGGUGCCGGCAUUGAGGGAGAACAUCUCAACUUAGGAGUUUACCUUUUUGAAGGUCUUUCCUGGGACACUGAUUGGUGGCUUGAUGCUGGAAUGGACAGCACAUUCUGCUACCUUCGUGGAGCCAAGGGAUUGUGUUUGGGAUCCUUGAGGCAUCUUUUCCCAACGCACAUUUAA